CCUGAACUAUGUCAUCUUUACUUGAUUGUGCUUCUCAAAAGGCUUUUCCCGAUCCUGUAUAUGAAAUCAGAUGAUUUGGAGUAACCUCAUUCAAAGGAUAAUCUUCUAUAUGCUUACUGGACCUGGAAUUUUAGGAAACAUCUUUGUACUUGUGAAACAUGUAUAUAUUGUCAUUAUGGGUCCUGAAAAAAAGAAACCCAUAUGCAUUAUUCACAUUCACCUGGUUUUUUCAAAUAUAAUCAUUAUUUGUAGCAUAGGGGCCAGAGGAAUAUUAGCCACAGAUCUUUGUUCCAUAAACUUCCUAGGUGAUGUUGGUUACAAAACUGUGAUUUAUAUGGAAAAACUAGCUCGAGGCCUUUCCGUCUGCACCACCUGUCUCCUCACCAUGGUCCAGGCCAUUACUAUCAGUCCAAGAACCACUCAGUGGAGAAAGCUCAAACCACAGGCUGCAUGGCAAGUUCUCCCCUAUCUUCUCAUCUUUUGGGUCUGGAACUCUCUGAUAAGCUCCUAUUUGUUCCUCUACAUGACAUCACUCAAUAGCAUGAACAGCUCCAGAAUUGAAAUACAUGUUAGGUAUUGUCAUAUGCAUCAAUCUAAGCAUGUGGUUAGGUGGCUUUUCCUCUCCCUCAUGACUCUUCAGGAUGUGAUCUUUCAGAGUCUCAUGGGCUGGAACAGUGGGUACAUGGCUUUCCAUCUGUAUAACCAUCACAAGCGAGUCCUCUACCUUCAUAACUCCAGGUUCACACACAAUUCCAGCCCAGAAAUCAGAGCCACUCUAAGGACUCUCAUUCUCUUGACCUAUUUUCUUUUUUUUUAUUUGGCAGAUUUCAUUUCCACAAUAUAUAUAGGUUCUAUCAUGACACAUGACUGCACAGUACUAAAUACCAAGGUAUUUCUAGUCCUUGGGUAUGCUGGUCUCAGUCCCUUCAUCUUGAUCAUCAGGGACGCACAGGCUGCUAAAUACUGGACUGUUCACUGA